UUUACUUAAAUGGCAAUAGACAAGUUGUCGGAAUAUUAAGGGGCUAUGACACCUUUAUGAAUUUAGUUUUAGAUAAUACUGUGGAGAUUAAAAAAGAUGAACAAAUAGAUAUAGGCGUGGUUGUAAUAAGAGGAAAUAGUAUAUCUUAUUGGGAAUGUUUAGACAAAGUUAAUAUAAAAUGA